AUGGCCCAACAGUCGUUGAAACUCGUGGACAAUGACCAGAUACAAGCGGCAAGCCUCCACAACCCCUUACCCUUCUUCCUCAAAGCCUACGUAUGGCCUUUUACGAUUCUAUGGCCCGUUUUCCUUGCUAUCUACCUGAACGAGGACCUCUACGACGAUUACAUUGAUGGCUCGGAAUGGACGUUCGUCUACGUUGCGACAAUCGUCACACUUCAGUCUCUGACCUGGCUCUCCACCAAAUGGAGCGUCCAUCUGAGGACUGCCUUUACCACGACCAAAGCCACAAAAGUCGAGGAUGCCAAACUGAUCAAGGUCAUCCCUGUCGUCAAUUCGGGUGCGUCGGCAAUCUGCAAAUUGGAGAGAGAAUCGGAUGGAAGAACUUCGUUCCUAUUUCAGAAGAGACGGUUUCUAUACUCGCCGGAGAAGGGAACAUUCGCGCCGUUGAGUUAUGCGCUUGAUGCCGAGAAGAAGCCCCUCCUCCGCGAAUUCCAACAAUCGCGAGGUCUCAGCUCUGAAGCCGAAAUCGAGACGGUGCACAAACAUUAUGGCGACAAUACAUUUGAUAUACCUGUCCCCACGUUCACGGAGCUGUUUAAGGAGCACGCUGUUGCCCCGUUCUUCAUCUUCCAAGUGUUCUGUGUCGGUCUCUGGUUGCUCGAUGAUUAUUGGUAUUAUUCGUUGUUCACGCUGUUCAUGCUGGUGGCUUUCGAAAGCACCGUGGUCUGGCAGAGACAGCGGACACUGAAUGAAUUCCGAGGAAUGAGCAUCAAGCCCUACGAUAUUUGGGUGUAUCGUGUCAACAAAUGGAUCGAGAUCAAGAGUGACAAACUGUUGCCCGGUGACCUCGCGUCUGUGGGACGGACUCAAGAAGAUUCCGGAGUUGCCUGCGACAUGCUUCUCAUUGAAGGAACUGCUAUUGUGAAUGAGGCCAUGCUCUCCGGGGAGAGCACCCCGCUCCUAAAAGAGUCGAUUCUCCUGCGCCCUGGCGACGCGACAAUAGAACCAGAGGGGUUGGACAAGAAUGCUUUUCUCUGGGGAGGUACAAAGGUCCUUCAGAUAACCCAUCCUGCCGCUAGUGACGAUGCGCCGGAAACUGUGCCACAAUUGAAGUCCGGCAUCCCUCCACCGCCUGACAACGGCGCUAUGGCUGUUGUGCUCAAGACCGGGUUUGAGACCAGCCAAGGAAGUCUUGUGCGAACCAUGAUCUACUCAACCGAGCGUGUCUCUGCCAACAACGCCGAAGCCCUGAUCUUCAUUCUCUUUUUACUGAUCUUUGCCCUGGCCGCUUCGUGGUACGUGUGGCAAGAGGGCGUAAAGAACAACCGAAAGCGGUCCAAGCUUCUCCUCGACUGCAUUCUGAUCGUCACAAGUGUUGUUCCGCCCGAAUUGCCCAUGGAGUUGUCUUUGGCGGUCAAUACUAGCCUUGCCGCGCUCAGCAAAUUUGCCAUCUUCUGUACAGAACCUUUCCGGAUCCCGUUCGCCGGACGAGUGGAUGUCGCCUGUUUUGACAAGACUGGAACGUUGACCGGCGAAGAUCUCGUCGUCGAUGGUGUCGCAGGGCUCAGCCUGGGGAAGAAGGGUGCCCCGACCGAAGCAGAUGGCGCGCAGACCUCAGUUACCAAGGUCCCGGAGUGUGGCGUUUAUACCACCCUGGUUCUGGCGACUGCUCACGCCUUGGUCAAACUUGAAGAAGGGGACAUUGUCGGCGAUCCCAUGGAAAAGGCCACGCUCAACGCUCUCAACUGGACCCUUGGCCACAAUGACACUCUAAUCAGCACUCCACCACCCAAAUUGAAGAAAGCCAAACCGUUCUCUACUGCCGGUGCUUCGCACGUUGUCCAAAUCAAACGACGCUUCCAAUUCUCGUCCGCUCUCAAGCGCAUGAGUUCUGUGGCUUCGGUCCUGAUGACUGACCCCAAAUCUGGACGCAAGGCGAAAGGCACCUUUGUUGGUGUCAAGGGUGCUCCGGAAACUAUCCAGAAGAUGCUGGCUGAGACACCGCCGAAAUACGAGGAGACUUUCAAAUACUUCACGCGGAAUGGUGCUCGGGUUUUGGCUCUCGGCUAUAAAUACCUUUCAACCGAGGCCGAGAUCGGCCAGAAACGCAUCAAUGAUCUCAAACGCGAGGAAGUCGAAUGCGACCUACAAUUUGCAGGUUUCUUGGUGCUCCAGACUCCUCUUAAGGAAGAUGCGAUCCGGGCCAUACAGAUGUUGAAUGAAAGCAGCCACCGCGUGGUGAUGAUCACCGGAGACAACCCGCUAACUGCUGUCCAUGUUGCUCGAGAAGUCGAGAUUGUCGACCGAGACUGUUUGAUCCUGGAUGCCCCAGAGCACGAUGACUCGGGGACCAAACUUGUCUGGCGCAGUGUCGACGAGAAAACCAUCAUCCCUGUCGAUCCCACGGCCGAUCUGGACCCGAAGAUUCUCGAGACCAAGGACUUGUGCGUUACUGGGUAUGCUCUUGCCAAGUUCAGCGGCCAGAAAGCAUUCUUGUCGCUACUGAGGCAUACGUGGGUCUAUGCUCGCGUGUCGCCGAAGCAGAAGGAGGAAAUUCUGAUCGGUCUCAAAGACCAAGGCUACACGACGUUGAUGUGUGGCGACGGGACGAAUGACGUCGGCGCGCUGAAGCAAGCCCACAUUGGCGUUGCUCUGCUGAAUGGUUCUCAGGAAGCCCUCAAUAAGAUAGGCGAACAUUUCCGAACCACCAAAAUGAAGGAGAUCUACGAAAAGCAAGUGCAAUUGAUGGAAAGAUUCAACCAACCACCACCGCCAGUCCCUGUGGGAAUCGCACAUCUCUACCCCCCUGGCCCUCGCAAUCCCCACCAUGAAAAGGCCAUCAGAAAAAUUGCCGAGCAAAAAGGUAUCAAUCUGGAGAAUGGCGAUGUGAAUGACGGCGCCGUCGAAACCGUCACCUCUCCUGGUGCACAUGCGAUCCAGCAAUCGAAUGCCAAUCUGACUACUCAACAACGACGCCAACAAGAGGCUCAGCAGAAAGCAGCCAGUUGGGCAGACAAGUUUACCUCGAGCAUGAUGGAAAAUGAACUCGACGACGGCGAGCCGCCGACUAUCAAGCUAGGAGAUGCCUCCGUCGCAGCGCCAUUCACCAGCAAACUGGCCAACGUUAUGGCGAUCCCCAACAUCAUCCGGCAGGGACGAUGCACUCUUGUGGCGACGAUCCAGAUGUACAAGAUCCUGGCUCUCAACUGUUUGAUCAGCGCCUACAGCUUGUCCGUCAUCUAUCUGGCCGGCAUCAAGUUCGGCGACGGCCAGGUAACAAUCAGCGGGAUGCUGAUGUCGGUGUGCUUCCUUUCCAUCUCUCGGGCCAAACCUGUGGAAGCCCUCUCGCGAGAACGACCGCAGCCGAAUAUCUUGAACGCUUAUAUCCUCGGAUCGGUGCUGGGGCAAUUUGCGAUCCACUGCGUGACGCUCAUUUAUCUUUCCAACGUGGUUUACUCGAUCACCCCACCGGCCGAGGAGAUUGAUCUGGAGGGCGAAUUCGAGCCCUCGUUGCUCAACAGCGCCGUCUAUCUCAUGCAACUGAUCCAACAAGUGUCGACGUUUGCUAUCAACUACCAAGGACGCCCUUUCCGCGAAAGCAUUCGUGAGAACCGAGGUAUGUACUGGGGUCUUCUCGCGUGUUCGUUUGUGGCCUUUGCGGGAAGCACCGAGUUCGUACCAGAGCUCAGCGAGAAGCUACGCUUGGUGCCGUUCACCAGCGAAUUCAAAUGGUCCCUGACGACGCUGAUGAUUGCCGACUUUGUGGGAUGCUGGGUUGUGGAGCAAAUCUUCAAGACUUUGUUCAGUGACUUCCGCCCCAAGGAUAUCGCCCUCAAGAGACCCGACCAGGUGGAACGGGACGAGAAGCGCAAAAGAGAGCUUGCGGAAAAGGCUGAGCAGGAACGGAUCGAGGAGAUCGAGAGGAAGCGGGGAGUGGCCAACAACACAGGCCCGCCCACGACGACCAAGGUGCGAUGA